AUGGCGUCGGCUGUUCGGGAGUUUCCUACCAUCAAGGCCGUUCGAUCCUAUGUGAUUAGCGGCGUUGGCUCAGGCCCUCCUGGAUGCUGGCUCAUCCACCAACACUUUGAACGGUUCCUCAUCGGUGCCGAUCCUCGCAACACCAACCUGCUGUUUGAGCAAAUGUACCGAGCGUCCAUGUUCUACGGCCGCAAGGGCCUCCCCGUGGCCGUCAUCUCCGUCAUUGACCUCGCCAUCUGGGACCUGCUGGGCAAGCUGAGGAACGAGCCGGUGUACAGGCUUAUAGGCGGCGCCACAAAGGAACGCAUCAACUUCUACUGCACCGGCCCUCAACCGACGGCCGCGCGGGACAUGGGCUUCUGGGGCGCCAAGGUGCCCCUGCCGCACAGCCCCGAGGAAGGCCACGCCGGGCUCCGCAAGAACGUCGCGUUUCUCCGGAGGCACAGGGAAUCCGUCGGCCCCGACUUCCCCAUCAUGGUGGACUGCUACAUGAGCCUCAACGUGUCGUACACGAUCCAGCUCGUGGAAGCGUGCAAGGACCUCGACAUCAACUGGUGGGAGGAGUGCCUGUCGCCAGACGACACGGACGGCUUCCAGCAGAUCAAGCGCGCGCACCCGGCAACCAAGUUCACCACGGGCGAGCACGAGUACUCGCGCUACGGGUUCCGCAAGCUCAUCGAGUCCCGGGACCUGGACAUGGUCCAACCGGACGUCAUGUGGCUCGGCGGCAUGACGGAACUGCUCCGGGUGGCCGCCAUGGCCGCGGCGUACGACACGCCCGUCGUGCCGCACGCCAGCGGGCCCUACAGCUACCACUUUGUCAUUUCGCAGCCCAACACGCCGUUCCAGGAGUACCUGGCCAAUUCGCCGGACGGGAGGAGCGUGCUGCCUGUUUUCGGAGACUUGUUCGUCGACGAGCCGAUCCCGACGAGGGGGUACCUGACGGCGGCGGACCUGGACAAGCCUGGCUUUGGACUGACCAUUAACCCGGCGGCGAGGGCAAAGUUGAUCCCGGCGAGGAACUUGCUUGCCCCGACGCCCGUGGCCAUGCCGGCGCCAGAAAUGAAUGGCGCUGCCAAGGAGGAUGGGGAUGUGAAGCACGCAAAGGUGAACGGGGCCGGUCACCAUGAUGAUGAGCUGGUGGGCGUGAUGGGCAAGUUGACGACUUGA